UCUCACGAACCAUAUCGAUCACUUGCUUCUUGCUAAGCAAAAUCUAGCUAUCCACCUCUCCCAUCUAUCUUCUCCAUUUUCUUCUUCUACACAUCAAAGAUAUCGAUAAUGGGUGUUUUUACUUUCUCCGAAGAGAACAUUUCGGCUGUUGCCCCUGCCACACUCUACAAGGCUCUCGUCUUCGACGGUGACAACCUCAUCCCCAAGGUUGUUGACGCUGUCCAGAGCGUCGAGAUCCUCGAAGGAACCGGUGCCCCUGGAACCAUCAAGAAGAUCAACUACCUCGAAGGAGGACAAUUGCAUUACGCAAAGCACAAGGUGGAAGCGGUGGACAAGGACGACUUCGUAUACAGUUACACCUUAGUGGAGAGCGACACUUUCCCUGAGACAUUGGACAAGAUCGCCGUUGAGACCAAGUUGGCGGCGGCCCCUAAUGGUGGCUCCGUCGUUAAGGUGACCGUUAAUUACGUGACAAGGGGAGAUGUAAAGCCCAGCGAAGAAGAGCUCAAGAUUGGGAAGCAGAAGGGAGAUGGACUCUUCAAGGCCAUUGAGGCUUACCUCUUAGCCAAUCCUUCUUACAACUGAAUAUUAUUAAAGAUAGGAGUGAUAUGAUGAUCCCUAUAUAUAUAUAUAUAUAUAUCUAAUCCUCCUUCACUAGUACGAGCUUCCAUUUGAGGAAGUUCCUGAGUUUUUCAUGAAGUCAUUGGGUUUCUUCUGAUUGUCCUUUGUGUGUGUCUUUUGUAAUGGCUGCAAAUUGAUAUGCCUUUUGUGUUUCUUUCAAUUUCUCAAGGAAUAUAGUCAGAUUAUGUUAUGGAA